AAUUUAGAGAAACGUAAAAUUGCAUCAAAUAUCCAUUGCCAAAAGCACAAUGUCCGACAAAGAAGAAAGGUAUCUUUUAAACUCUGCUGUAUUAGAGGUGUAUGCACUUCUUCUCGUUGGAGGAAAAAAUGUUUUACAGAUCAAGAUUAAAGAAGAAACAAAACAAUCGCCUGAGGACUUUAUUGUGCGACAUAAACAUGACCUUUUUCAUUUGUGCAAAAAGCAAAAGUGUUGCAAAUGCAAUACAGAAAAUACGAAGUAUAAUAAGCACUCAAUUCCACCCCUGACUAUGAAUGACUGGAAGAGUAUUUUUGUGCAUUUCUCUGAAACGUGUGGCUUUCCAGGAGCUUGUCUCUGUCAAUACGAGGUAAAGACAUCUUUUACCCCCAGUGUUUCACUUAUAAUGUACAUGCUUCUGGACAUUUGUGAGCUCCCAGAGAAAACUAAAUUCCAGGUUCUCGAGUUGCAGAAUACUAUCCGCAAAGUUCUUAGCAGUGAAGAUCUAGUUGAAAGUGUUAGCGAUGUAUUGUUGGAAACUCAAAGUCUUCUUCGGGGACUUGUUAGAGAUAAAGUGGAUUCAAUUAGUGUUCAAAAGACACUUGAAGACAUUAAAGCGAAUGCCAUUGAGUAUCACCCUGAGGUUAUUGAGUAUCUAUGGAGUGACCUUGAGGAAAAUAGGAUGAAAACUGCAAGAAUUGAAAGUGUUAUAUCACUUGUGGAGUGUUGCGAAGAAGGGCACACAAUUUAUGACAUGUUAUCUAAGGAAAGGAGAAAAUUAUUCAAAAAGAAUCAACAGUCACGAUUUCACACAGGCUCAGAACUAGAGAAAUACGGAAGAAAAAGAGACCUUUAUUACAAAUGCACAAGUUUUCCACAUUUUCGUUAUGUGUAUAGCUUAGUAGUUGACUGUGUGAAACGUCUCAAAGAAUAUACAGACAAAUACAAAAUUCUACUGGAAAAUUACCCCAUGGAAUCUGAAGAUAAUGUGUUCAUCAGGAUCUGCUUUAUUGGAGAUUUAAAUAAAGAGAAUUUGACACUUGUAUCAAAAAAAUCUGGUAAACCAUAUAUUGGGAAUGGUGAAUUGUGGAGUGAAUCUCACCUUUGGUAUAUUUUCCAGACGGAGAUACAGAUUUCUUGGGGGUGGCUAUUAUUUAUGGUGCUUGAUAAUAUAUUUGAAUGUAUUUGUACUAUUCAGGCAUAUGCAGGGGAAACAUGUCAUACGAUUAUAGUGAAGAAAUCUGAGCAUAUUUAUGAUAAAGAAUAUGUGCAACGGACAGAAAAUGUUUAUAUUGUUGAGCAUGAAAAAAUCAGUGUACAGAAUGCUAUAACAAUGUGCCUUGAGAAAAAACUUAAAAUAAUGUUGGAAAAUUUAAUUCGGAAUAUAAAUGAGCAUGAAAAUGCCCUUGGACACGUUGAAAACAGAGCUUUGAGAGAAGUUGUGUUGGAAAUGAAAUCUAUUUUAAAACAUCUUAACGUAGAAGACAAUCCAAUGACGAAAUUGUACACUAAAGCCUGGAAAUAUGAAAGACCAUGUGUUCCAGACAAAAUUAAAAGUUUUCUUUACAAGGAAAAUGGUGUCAACUCUUUCGGAAUAUGGGAGGAUGGGACAUUUAAAAUAUUCACGGACAGAGGUACAGAUUCUAAAAUUCUUCAACAGAGAUUGAAGCAGUUAGAUAAGGGAUUUUUCGAUAGAAUUAAAGUUAUUAUAAAAAGUAAGUCUUUUAACUUUAAACAUUGUAUAAAGAUAGAAAGAGGGCAUAUUUUGCGCAAAAGCACCGAACCGGAUGAAGAUGGCAAAAUAGCAUGUGCUACAUUAGGGGGAUUUGUCAAAGAUAAAAAGUCUAGUGAUUUUUACGGCUUGACGUGUAAUCAUCUUUAUCCGGAUAUUGAUAAACCAGCAUACACACUAAUAGAUGAUAAAGUUAUUGAAAUAGGAAAAUGCAUAUUUACUACUCGCAUCAAACUUUGUGAUUUUGCUGUUAUAAAAAUUCAUAGAAAUGAACUUAAAAAUUGUGAAACCGUUUUUAAAAAUGAUGAAGGGAAUAAAUGCAAAGCUAAAGUUUUUGAUAAAGAAAGUUUUGAAAGUUUUGGCAUCGUUCAUAAAUGUGGCUCAGAGACAAAAUGGACAAAAGGAAGAAUUGUCAGUAUUCCGUUUUAUCUCAAAGAGGAAGGGGAGGUAUUUCUCAUUUCCGGUCUGUCAGGAUCUUUGUUUUCUAAAGAAGGUGACAGUGGAGCGAUCGUUUUUUCGAGAAAUAAAUCUCCUGAUCAAAGAGGUGUAGACGUGUUAGGAAUGGUUUUUGGAAAUGAUUAUGAUGACCGCGAAGAAACUUCUGACGAUGAUUUAAGUCAAAAAGAUGUGCUGGAAAAGCAAAAAAAUCAUGAAGCUAUAACUGAUCCCAGCAACAUAGAAAAAGAAUAUACAGAUACCAUCAUUUACACUCGUGAAGGGACUUCGAAUUUGGAAAAAAGUUCGCAAAAUCAUGAAAGAAAAGAUGAUAACAACUUAACAGCAUGUUUUCGACUAAAUAAGGCUUUAUGUUUGCUAAAGGACGGUGAAAAUAUUUCGGUGGAAUUUCCUGAUGUCGAUUCAUCAUCAUCAUCAUCAUCCUCCUCCUCCUCAUCUGAUUUGGAUAUUGAAUAACACCUUAACUGAUUAUUAAUAGGAAAUUUAAAAGAAUCUUCCACGGUUAAUGCAAUACACAUUUAUUUAAAAGGAGUGGGUAAUACUUUUAAGUGGAAUGUUAUUUGAUAUUAUUGUGAUAUUGAUACUAUAGUAUCAUAGUCUUACUUUGUCCUACAUUUCCUUUAAAUUACAAAAAUCAAAUUAACUUUUGUACCGUGAUUUUCCUUUAUUAUAUUGCGCAGUAUCAAUUCUCCGUGGAGGUGUGUAAAUGUAUGUUACAUGUCCUGGUUUAUUGUUGAGGAUUCAUUAAAUAGGAUUUUAUCAUAAACACGAGUAUUAAAUGACAUCAUCUGCAUUUGAGGAAAAAAUAAACAUAUUGAUAUGUUUUAUUUGCUUUGACCGACCAUGUCUAAAACAUUUAAAAAACGUA